AAGUCGUUAUCCUGGACAAAAAUGACAGUCCACCGGAGUUCAAGAACAUACCACCAGCGUACUUCGCGUCGGAAGACCUUGCGCCAGGACAACGCAUCACCACCAUAAUAGCAGAGGAUCCUGACACCAUCGGCAGUAUAACAUACAGCAUACAGAAUGAAGAGCCGAUGCCGUUCAUCAUAGAUUCUCAGACAGGAGUACUUACUCUUGAAGAUCCUCUUGAUAGGGAAACGGUGUCGGAGUAUCAAGUCGUGAUCAGGGCAGAUGAUGGGAUCCAGUUUACAGAUAUUACUGUUACAGUUCAGGUAACGGACACCAACGACAACCCGCCCGUGUUCAAAGAGAGCGCAUACUCUUUCGACAUUCCCGAGAACGCAGCGAGAGGUUCUGUAGUUGGUACCGUGGCGGCCGUUGACCCCGACUCGGGAGCCAACGCUCAGCUAACGUACGUCGUCAUUUCGGACUGGGCCAACGAUGUCUUCUCGCUCAACCCCCAGACAGGGGUGUUUACGCUGACGGCUAGGCUGGACUACGAAGAGACGCAACACUACAUUCUGGUUUCGCAAGCGCAGGACGGUGGCCACCCGUCCUUGUCUGGCACGGUCACUGUUUACAUAAACGUCAUCGAUCUAAAUGAUAAUACGCCCAUAUUUGACCCGAUGAGUUUCUCUAAUGAAAUUCAGGAAGAUGCGGCGAUAGGCUCUUCUGUCGUUACCAUAAGUGCCACUGAUUUGGAUUCAGGUUUAAAUGGAAAAGUAACGUAUAAAAUAACAUCUGGAGAUGAAAAUCAAGAUUUUAAAAUUUCUGACAAUGGAACUAUUUACACGGCAAAGCUGUUAGACAGAGAAACCCUCCCGAUUUACAAUUUGGUUGUAACCGCUAGAGAUUUAGCGAGACCACCGGAACCUCAGUUGUCAUCCACUGUACAGGUUACAAUACAGCUGAAAGAUAUAAAUGAUAUGGCGCCUGAAUUUAUCACACCAAACGUUACGACAGUUUCCGAGAACAUUCCGUUGAAUACAGUCGUAAUGACUAUUAAAGCUAUAGACAAAGAUGAAGGGAGAAAUGGUUACGUGGAGUAUUUCAUGACGCCAGACCCAGAAAUUAAUGGCUACUUUUCGUUAGGAAAUGUUGACGGCAUUCUACGUGCUACAGGAAAGCUCGACAGAGAACUAAUAUCGAGUUAUGUAAUAACUGUUACUGCCAAAGACAGGGGUGAUCCGCCAAACUUAACCAAAAGUAAGAUAACUAUAAAUAUUUUGGAUGAGAAUGAUAACAGCCCUGUGUUUGAUCCAAAACAAUAUAGUGCCUCAGUUCCUGAGAAUGCCAGCAUUGGAGCCAGUGUCUUACAAGUGUCAGCGACAGAUAUCGACGAAGAUGCCAAUGGAAGAGUUAGAUAUUCGAUUGCAUCUGGUGAUGAAAAUAGAGAUUUCAGUAUAAGUGAAGACACGGGAAUCGUGAGAGUUGCCAAAAAUUUGAACUUUGAAAGAAAAUCUCGUUAUGUAUUGGUGAUCAGAGCAGAAGAUUGCGCUAAAGAUGACGUAAGAUUUGAUACGGCUGAGCUAUCCAUUUCAAUUGAAGACAUCAAUGACAACCCUCCCACAUUCUUAGACUCGCCAUACUUAGCAUACGUCAUGGAGAAUAUAAUUCCUCCGAACGGGGGUUACAUAAUAACUAUUCAUGCUUACGAUGCUGAUUCACCGCCAUUCAACAACCAAGUACGUUACUUCAUAAAGGAAGGCGACGCGGAUCUAUUCAAAAUCAAUGCUUCGUCGGGACAAAUAUCUUUGCUGAGAACAUUAGAUCGUGAAGCACAAGAUGAAUACACUUUAGCACUUGUAGCAAUGGACACAGGAUCUCCACCACUUACCGGAUCGGGAACUGUUAAAAUCUUAGUCCAAGAUGUUAAUGACAACAGUCCAGAAUUUGAAAGACAAAGUUAUAAAACAACCGUAAAAGAAAAUUUACCUGCCGGAACAAUAAUUAUUACCCCGCAGGCGACUGAUAGAGAUCUCGGUAACAAUGCGAAGAUACGAUAUAGUCUUCUCGGCGACAAAUCGGAAAGGUUUCAGAUAAAUUCUGCAACUGGUGUCAUUUCAACAAAUGCAACAUUGGAUAGAGAAGAAUGGGAUAUUUAUUAUUUAAUUAUAAUGGCGCAAGACUCGUCAACAACAGACCCACGCACUGCUACAGCUAACUUAACUAUAGUUGUAGAAGACGAGAAUGAUAAUACACCAACAUUUGCGCAUCCAGUGUACGAGACGCAUAUUUCAGAAAGAACAGUCAAAGGUGAUUUUGUCUUUGGCGUAAAAGCUAAUGAUAAUGAUAUUGGCUUGAAUAAAAAGAUUUCAUAUGAUCUGAAAGGCGAACAUGAAGAUUUAUUUACCAUCAAUAAAGAAACUGGUGUAAUAAAAGCGAAAGAAAACCUCAUGAAGUAUAAAGACAAAAAUGUAUUGGCCUUUAAUUUAAUAAUAGUUGCUACAGAUAGCGGAGAAAGCCCACGACAAAGUACCGCAGAAUUAAUUUUGAUACCGAAAUCUGUAAGAAACUUCCCAAAAUUUACGGUGACAAGUAAAUUAACUUUUACUUUCUCAGAAGAUACACCUGAAGGGGUUUUAGUAACGAGAUUGUCUGCUACAUCGCCGAAAAAGGGACCGAUUGGAUUAUUGCAGUACGGUAUAGCAGGUGGUAAUGUUGGCGAUGCAUUGCGAGUGGAACCAAUGAGUGGUGAAGUCUUCAUUACGGGAAAAGGCCUUGAUUAUGAAACGAUGCCAUUAUAUGAAGUAUGGUUUGAAGUUAGAGACUCGGAUAACCCACCUUUAAAAUCAUUUAUUGAAAUAGAAAUUAAGGUUACAGAUGCAAAUGAUAACCCACCAGUCAUUGAAAGUGCCUUGUAUAAUGCCACUGUACAAGAGGAAGAGUCUCCACCUCAAUUAGUAAUCGAAAUACAUGCCCAUGAUGAAGAUUCAAAUGAGAAUGGGAGAAUAUCCUACAAGUUAAUUAACGAUUAUGAAGAAACGUUCAGCAUUGAUCCGGAAACUGGCGAAAUAUACACAAAUAUGGCAUUAGAUCGUGAAUCAAUUCCUUUUUAUGAAAUAUUAGUAGAAGCUGUUGAUCACGGAGUACCGCAAUUAAUCGGAACUUCAACAGUCAUCGUCACCGUCUUAGAUAAGAAUGAUAAUCCUCCUCGAUUUACUCGAUUAUUUAGUGUUAACGUUACUGAAAAUGCUGAAAUUGGCUCCUUUGUAAUUAAAGUUACAAGUUCUGAUCUGGAUUCUGGUCCUAAUGCAAAUGCUACCUAUAGUUUUGUCGAAAAUCCUGGGGAAAAAUUUAUCAUAGAUCCUAUAAGCGGUAAUGUUACAGUAGCUCGUCCAUUAGACCGAGAACUUCAGGAUGAAUAUAUCUUGAAAGUUGCUGCUAUCGAUGGAGCAUGGCGAUCUGAAACACCUUUGACAAUUACUAUACAAGACCAGAAUGAUAAUGCACCAGAAUUUGAAUAUUCCUUCUACAGUUUCAACUUCCCCGAGUUGCAAAGAAAAAAUAGUUUCGUAGGUCAAGUAAUUGCAACAGAUAGAGACAAACAAGGACCUAAUUCUAUCAUCUCAUAUUCCCUUCAACAACCUUCUGAUUUAUUUUCUAUCGAUCCUGCUACAGGUGAAAUAUUAGGCAAGUUUGUUAUGAACUAUAAAAGGACCUCAGUUAAUUCUUCACCUGAAAACACAUAUUCCGUUGUUGUUGUAGCUACUGAUAAUGGAAAGCCACCAAUGUCUUCGGAAUGUUUGGUAACAAUAAAUGUGGUCGAUGCUAAUAAUAACGCACCUAAAUUCAAUGACCACGAGAAAUUUGUACCUGUACCAAAGGAUGCAAUAAUAGGCGAACACAUAAUGAAAGUGACAGCAGAAGAUAAUAUGGACUUUGGAAUAAAUGCUGAAAUAGAAUAUCACGUAGUUGGUGGAAACGGUACUGCAUACCUUACCGUGGACAAAAUAAAUGGCUGGAUUACUGUGAAUAAGCAAUUCUAUUACCUGGGUCAAUAUUAUAAGCUAAGAAUUAAAGCGGUUGAUCGUGGAGUUCCUCCACAGUCAGACGAAACAACGGUAACGUUUGUGGUCACCGGUGAAAAUAUUUAUAGUCCAAGAUUUACAGCUCUUAGCUACCAAGUCAUUGUACCGGAGAAUGAGCCAGUAGGGUCAUCCAUCCUUACGGUAAAGGCUAGCGAUGAGGAUGAAGGACCCAACGGGAUUGUCCGAUAUUCCAUUUCAUCUGGAAAUACCGGUAAAGAAUUUCAAAUACACCCUAUAUCUGGCACAAUCAGCAUUAUGAGAUCUUUAGACUAUGAUACUAUUCAAGAGUAUCGUCUAAAUAUAACUGCAAAAGAUCUUGGUUUUAAAUCAAGAGAAACAACUGCAACUUUGACUAUAAUUUUAACCGACAUUAACGACAACGCACCGCAAUUUAAUCAAUCAGUUUAUGUCGCUUAUCUGCCUGAAAACUCACCUGUUGAUAGCUUUAUAUUUACUGUAAAAGCUACGGACAUCGAUUCCCCUAAAAACUCUAUUAUAAAGUACUACAUAAAUAAUGAAAUGUUAUCUAUGUUCUAUAUCGACGAAAGUAAUGGUGAAAUUUUCUCCAGAGAAGUAUUUGAUUUUGAGGAAAAGUCGUUAUAUAAAUUAGAAAUCAGGGCAGAAAAUCCUGAUUCCAAUAAAAACACAACGGAAGUGAUUGUUCAUAUAACGGGCGUAAAUGAAUACUAUCCUAAAUUCAAACAACCCGUAUUUCAUUUUGAUGUUUCGGAAUCUGCUGAAGUUGGAACUAACGUCGGAGUUAUCCAAGCUACUGAUCAAGAUAGUGGCGAUGAUGGCAUAAUUUAUUACUUAUUUGUAGGAUCAAGUAAUGACAAAGGAUUUAGUAUUAAUUCACAAACUGGGGUUAUAAGAGUCGCCCGAUAUUUGGACAGGGAAACUCAGAACAGAGUUGUGUUAACAGUAUUAGCAAAAAAUUCUGGUAGCAUACAUGGCAAUGAUACAGAUGAAGCGCAAGUUAUAAUUUCCAUACAAGAUGGUAAUGAUCCACCUGAAUUCUCUCAACAUUAUUAUGAAACUACUAUAUCUGAAGGAGCCAAUGUGGGUCAAGAAGUAAUUCAAGUGCAAGCAGUUGAUAAAGAUGUGCGUCCUCAAAAUAAUCAGUUCAGCUUCUCUAUUAUAGGAGGUAAUAUUGAUCAAAAUUUCAAAAUAGAUCCUCAAUCAGGAGUGAUUGAAGUAGCAAGACAAUUAGACCGAGAAACGUUAUCAGCAUACUUAUUAACUGUUGGUGCUAUAGAUACGGGUAUACCACCACAAACUGGUACAGCUACAGUAAAAAUAAUGCUCACAGAUAUCAAUGAUAAUGGUCCAGUUUUUGACGUGGCCAACUUUGAAGGUUCUGUUUACGAAAACGAGCCGCCAAACACUAGCAUAACGACACUAACUGCAAAAGAUCCAGAUUUGCCGCCAAACGGGGCACCUUUCUCAUACUCGAUUAUUGGUGGAAAACAUCAAAGUUACGUAAAAAUGCAUAAACAUACAGGCGUACUCUUGACCACUAAGAAAAUAGACAGAGAACAAACUCCUAAUCUAGAAAUUACUGUUUUGAUUGAAGAUAGCGGUACUCCUGUAAUGAAAUCCAAUUAUACAAUACAGAUCAAAGUAAAGGAUAAAAAUGAUAAUCCACCUACACCAAGAUCGGUACACGUGCUUGUUUAUGCAUUCAAUAACAAAGUUCCACGCGGAAAAAUAGCAGAUAUAAAACCUAAUGAUCCAGAUAUUGUUGGAGAUUACAAAUGUAAGAUGAUUAGAGAUUCUACCUCGGAAAAUACACUUAUUUUAUUAAGUAUUAAAAAAGGAUGUGAUCUUUAUACCAAUGCUGUGAAACCAGGACAAGGCUAUUCAUUUUCAGUAUUAGGCAAUGAUGGAGUUCACAAAGAUGUUACAUCCUCCAUAAGCGUAGAAUAUUUUUCAUUCGACAAUGCUACUGUUGAGCAAUCAAUCACUAUGAGAAUAAACAACAUGACUGCAUCAGACUUUUUAACACACUAUUACCGAAGUUUGUUAGAGAUAUUAAAAGGAGGGCUAAAAAACAGAGAAAGAAUUUUCCUAUACAGUAUAAAUGAAAUGGAAGGUCACUUAGAUUUAACUAUAGCUAUGGAAGAAAAUCAUACGAUAUCAAAAAGAGAAGAUACUGAAAGACACCUAAGAAACAAGGAAUUUGAAAUAACAAGAUUACUGAAGAGUCAAAUUAUUGUGGCGUAUUAUCCCUGUGCUUCGCAGCAGUGUCAAAAUGAUGGUAUUUGUACGGACUCAAUUCGGGUGUUAGAUGACACUAAAAUUACCGAAAGCUCUACGCUGAUUCUAACUUCACCUCUUAUAAAGCAUGAUUAUACUUGCCAAUGUUCAGGCGGAUUUAUGGGAAAGAAUUGUGACAAGCGACAAGAUCCUUGCUCACCAAACCCUUGUCGUUUUGGCGGUCAAUGUCGCAAACAAGGUCAUGAUUUUGUCUGUGUUUGUCCACCGCGUCGUGACGGAAAAACUUGUGAACAAGAGAAGGACGACGUAUGUAGCAGCAAUCCAUAAAAUGGUGGAUCUUGCAAAGAAAGUUCAGACAGAAAUUCAUUCUUCUGCUUAUGCCGACCUGGCUAUCGUGGUAAUCAUUGCGAAGCUCUCGUUGAUUCGUGCCGACCCAAUCCAUGCAUGUAUGGGGGAAUUUGCAUAAGUUUAAAGCCUGGUUAUAAGUGUAGUUGUACAAAUGGUCGUUAUGGAACACACUGUGAAAGUACUACGUUUGGUUUUGGCGAAUUGUCAUACAUGCAAUUUUCUGCUCUAGAUGCUUCGACCAAUGAUAUAACUAUUAUAUUUGCAACAAGCAAACCAGAUGCGUUGCUACUGUACAAUUACGGCGCUCAAACCGGUGGAAGAUCAGAUUUUAUAGCCAUAGAACUACUUGGUGGCAAACCAAUAUUUUCAUUUGGUGGCGCUAGAACAUCGAUAACAUCUGUUGCUAUUUCAAAUCCAAAUAAAAAUCUAGCAGAUGGCAAUUGGCACAAAUUAACUGCCACAAGAAAUGGUCGUGUGAUAUCGUUGAGCGUAACCUCAUGUACAGAACAUGGAGAUGUUUGCAUGGAAUGCGAACCUGGCGAUGAUUCAUGCUACAGUGAUGACACUGGACAAGCAGGAACGCUGAACUUUAACAACGAACCUCUUCUCAUCGGAGGACUUGACAAAGCAGAUCCAGUCUUAGAGCGUCCGGGACAAAUCCAUUCGGAUGACUUCGUGGGAUGUAUGCAUAGUAUAACAAUCAAUGGCCGAUUACUGAAUCUUACAAAUCCUCUUCACUCGCGCGGUGUUGAAGCAAAUUGUGAACGGUCUGAAAAAGGAGCUUGUUACAAAAAAGAUAUCUGCGGUACUGGCGAAUGUCAAGACCGAUGGAAAACGAACUUUUGCAAAUGUGAUGGUACUUAUAUUUCCCCUGACUGCAGUCAUUCUCUUCAAUCUAUUUCCGUCGGUGAAAAUGGAUUUAUUACAUACACAAUAUCAGAAAAGCAUAGACGAAUACAAUUGCUUGAAUCAUUUUACGGAGGAAAUACAGUAUGGGAUAAGAGAAAUAGUAAAUCUACGGGAAAAAUGAAUAUAAAAUUAAGCAAUCCAACAAAAGCUCUUUCUUUUUCAUUUAGGACACACAAAAAAGAUGGUAUACUUUUUUAUGCGGCGACUGACAAAUAUUAUACAUUAAUAGAAUUAGUAGGAGGGAAAGUAAGUUAUACGUCAAAACAGAAUUCUAUGGUAAAUAUGACUCAAACAGAACAGAAUGAUGUCUCAGAUGGAAUAUGGCAUAAUAUUACUUUACUAUCUAUGGGAAGAAGCAUAAGUUUGAUAGUAGAUAGUAAAAAUGUUGGAGAAGAACUGGAUGCAGUUGGCGUUCAUGAUUUUUUAGACCCUUACCUUACCCUCUUGUCCCUGGGAGGCGUUAAAACAGAAUGGCUGACCGUAUCGCACCAGAAUAAAUUUGAGGGAUGUCUAGCAAAUCUUACAAUUAAUAAUGAAAUUCAACCUUUUGCUGGAAAUGGAAGCAUUUUCAAAAAUACAGUUCGGAGAGGAAAAAUAUUAAAUGGAUGUCAUAGCGCUUUUGCUGUCGGAUCUACACAAAAUCCAGACCCGUUACGUACAGGAAUUAUAAUUGUAAUAGUAUUUUUCGGUAUUUUGAUAGUUACCAUAUUGGUGUUGCUAUUUUUUUGAAAACAAAAAAAAGAAAAAGCUAGUACCGGAAAUAAAAGCAAUGGCACUCACUCGAAACAAAAUGGUGGUCCAGCACUAUUAAAUGCUCCAAAUUUAAUUGCAGGAACUAAUGAUAGCAUAAUGAAUCGAAAUUUGCACAAUAAUGAUACUAGUCUUACCAGUUAUAUGUCAGAAAAUGCUGAUAUUACACGUAACGUUGGACAUAUUGUUGGUCCCUGAACUUCUGUCUAAAAAUAUAAAGAUCGAGAAAUAAUGAACAUAGAUCCACCUAGGCCACAACGACCAGAUAUAAUUGAACGAGAAGUAGUUGGUAAAAGCCCAGCAUUGAGAGAAGAUCACCAUCCGCCACCUCCACCAUCUACAAACACAUCUCAUCAUCAUGAUCAUCCAAGCGGCAUAGAUUUGAAUUCAGAAGUUCCUGAACACUAUGAUUUAGAAAAUGCAAGUUCUAUAGCGCCGUCAGACAUCGACAUUGUAUAUCACUAUAAAGGAUUUAGAGAAGCAGCAGGAGCUAGGAAAUAUAAAGCCACUCCACCACCUAUAGCAGGUUACCAUCACAAACACCAGACGCCCCAACACCGACACUCGCCACAUCAUCCUAGUGGGUUUCCAUCCCGAGUACUGCCGCAAGCUGCUCAGCCGCCUCCCCAGCCUCGACAUCAAACCACUCCAUUAGCUCGAUUAUCGCCUAGUAGCGAACUUAGUCAACAACCACGAAUAUUAACACUUCACGAUAUAUCAGGCAAACCACUUCAAAGUGCAUUACUGGCUACUACAUCCAGUUCAGGCGGAGUAGGUAAAGAUGCAUUGCAUAGCAACAGCGAACGAAGUUUGAAUAGUCCGGUUAUGUCACAGCUUAGCGGACAAAGUUCAUCAGCAGGUAGAAAGACCCCCAGCGCCACACCGCAAGUGCCUCAAGUAGUGUCAGUCGGUACUGGCGCGGUUGGACUGACAGCAGAAGAAAUUGAAAGAAUGAAUGCGAGGCAGAGGACAUCAAGCCUAGUGUCUACCUUAGAUGCAGUUUCAAGUUCUAGUGAAGCGCCGAGAACAACAAGUGUCGGACAUCACAUGUCACACAGGCAUCAUUCUCCACCAGAUGACAAUAGAAGUUCAACUGGCUCUGACGACGAAAGCGGUAAUGACAGUUUUACAUGUUCAGAAAUAGAGUACGAUAACAACAGCAUCAAUGCAGAUAAAUUAGAGGAUGUUAGGAGGCAAAACGUUAGUAGUGCGAGUAAUCCGAAGAAGCCUAUUAUACCACCACCAUAUGAAAGUUUUGAUUCCUCAUUUCGUGGUUCGUUGAGUACUCUAGUCGCAUCUGAUGACGACCUCGCCCCUCAUGUAAGCGCUGCGUUGUACAGACAGGCAAACGGGUCUCCCGCGGCGGCGGCUUUGGGUUGGGACAACAUAUUUAAUUGGGGGCCCAAUUUUCAAAGCAUGAUCGGUGUAUUCAAGGAUCUCGCUGAACUACCGGAAACUGUGAACGGUCGAAUGCCUGCUUCGUUAAGACAUCAAAAUGGCACGCCAAAGCCCUCUGAAGAAUACGUGUAACAAUAAUGACCGUGUAAAAUUGUAAAUAUCGUGUUAGAUAUAAUAAUGUACAAAUUGUAUCAUUGGGAUCUUGUAUCAAGGUCGCCAAAAAUUUGCCAUAUGAUAGAUAGUUUAUAAGAUUGCGAACCUUUUAUUCUCACUGUAAAUAAUUUUGUAGAUAAAAUAAAAACAUAUCGACUACUUCUUCAAUUGUUCAAAUUUUUUUGUACAGAAACUAAACAACUUCUAAUGUGUAAACCCACUUCAGAAUAAGAGUGAUUUUGUGUAAAUAAAUUUAAAUGUUACGCUUAUUAUUAUUAUGUAUAAAUAAAUUAUGCCUUUUCAUUGUGAUAUUACAUGUCCCAACGGAUCAAUG